AUGGCCACUGUACUCAAGAACCUUAACUUGCUGAAUUCAGUUCUGACUCCUUCAACCUCCAAGGAUACAGUCACUCCGACAGAGCCUGUGCCCGAUCCCAGCCUGCCCGCACCUGAGAUCCCUGCCGCCUCCCUGACUUCUGAGCCUGACGAGGAAGCCUCGGCAUCCGAGCCAGCGUCUUCAGAAUUCCCUACAACUGAGCCUCCGAAGAAGAGACGGAAGAAGAAAAAGUCUAGCGCAGCCAAAACAACCCAAGCCGUUUCCUCACCUAAGCCUCUUGCCUGCCCUCCUUCCGUUGCCGGCGUCACCCCCUCCAGUCCCGAUGGAAACCAUCGAAGAAGCUCCAGCUGA